CUCUGGCCGGGAGUGGACUGAACAUCCCCAAUGAACAGCAUCUGCAGGCAGAGAUUCGGAAGCGCUGCACCGACCCAAGGCGAGCCACAGCGCCGCCAGCAGAGUCGCUGCCAGCGGCAGGGAGCUCGCUUGGCUCGGCAUGGUGUGUCUGCCAGAGGAGACCUGGUCCUCCUGGAAGGAGGAGAAGCCUGGACAAAGAUGAAUUCUUCCCUCUCCAAAGGGGGAGCCGUUCCUUCAGGCAUCCUGCCAGCAGGAGACCUGCAGGCGACAGAAGAUGCAAACCUAAGCGGGAAGCAGCAAAGUGAGGGUCAGCCUGGACAGCUGACAAGAAAUGAUGAUGAACUGAUGUACUCAAUGGACAGCUCUCCAGACAGUGAAGAUGAGGGUAUUGGAAAAAAAGAGAAGAAGAAAAAGAAGCUGAAAAAGAAGAAGAAAAAGAAGGACUCCUCCUCUUCAUCUUCUUCUUCCUCCUCUUCUUCUUCAUCGUCUUCUUCUUCCUCCUCCAGUAGUUCCUCAGACAGUGAUAGUGAAGAUGAGAAGAAAAAAAAGAAAAAGAAGAAGGGAAAGGAGAAAAAGGAGAAGGUCUGGGAGAGCAUUAUGAUAUGUCAGGAAGGUCCCGAGGGUCUGGAAGAACAGCUGACUGGAGAGGGCAUGCACAUGAAGCCUGAUUAUGACUCAUCAGAUGAGGAAAAUGACAAGAAGAAAAAGAAGAAAGAUAAGAAGAAAAAGAAAAAGAAGAAGGCUUCUUCCUCCUCCUCAUCUGACAGUGAAGAUAAAAAGAAGAAAAGGAAAAAAAAGAAAAAGAAGGAUUCAAGUUCAUCUUCUUCAGAUAGCUCUUCCUCCUCUUCUUCAUCUGACAGUGAGGAUGAUAAGAAGAAGAAAAAAAAGAAAAAGAAAAAGAAGGAUUCAAGUUCUUCUUCGGAUAGUUCAUCUUCAUCUGAUAGUGAGGAUGACAAGAAAAAGAAGAAAAAGAAAGACAAGAAGAAGAAGAAAAAGAAAGACAAGAAGAAGAAAAAGAAAGACAAGAAAAAGGAAUCCAGCUCUUCAUCUUCAUCCUCUCAUAGUGAGAAAGACAAGAAGAAGAAGAAAAAGGAUAAAAAAAAGGAUGAAGAGCAAAAGGACCCCAGCAAUGCUCUUCCAGGUGAAGGUGGUGAGACAGGAGUUGAUGGAGACAGAGAUGCUGACAAGCAGGACAAAGAGCUUACAUCAGCAGUAGAGGGCACUCUCUCCACUACACUAGCUGGGAGAGCACAGCCAUUUCCUUAUGGCGUUGAGGAUGGUCACCUGAGUGAUGAUGAGGGAGAAGGGGGGGGAGAGAAGGAUAAAAAAAAGAAGAAGAAGAAGUUGAAGAAGAAAAAGGAUUCUUCUGGCUCCUCAUCUUCAUCUGAUAGCUCUUCAGACAGCGAGGAUGAAAAGAAGAAAAAGAAGAAGAAAACAAAAGAUAAGGACUCUAGCUCGUCUUCUUCAUCUUCCUCCUCUGAUAGUGAAGAUGAAAAGAAGAAGAAGAAGAAGAAGAAAAAAAAGAUGAAAAAGAAGAAAGAUAAGGAUUCCAGCUCUUCCUCAUCCUCAGACAGUGAGGACGACAAAAAGAAGAAGAAGAAAAAAAAGAAGACAAAAAAGAAGAAAAAGCACUCAAGCUCAUCUUCUUCAUCAUCAUCUUCUUCGGAUAGUGAGGAUGACAAAAAGAAGAAAAAGAAAAAGAAGACCAAGAAAAAGAAGGACAAGGACUCCAGCUCUUCCUCUGACAGUGAUGAUGACAAAAAAAAGAAGAAGAGAAAGAAGAGGUCCAGCUCUUCUGAUGAAAGCUCCUCCUCUUCUUCUUCUGAUAGUGAUGGCAGCAAGAAGAAAAAGAAACACAAGAAAAAGAAGGACAAGAAAAAGAAGAAAAAGAAGGAUUCCUCUUCCUCCUCCUCCUCUUCCUCCUCUUCUUCUAGUGAUGAUGAAAAAAGAAAAAGAAGAAGAAAAAAGACAAGAAAAAGAAACACAAAAAAAAAGGACUCGGGUUCUUCUAGCAGUGAUGAUGAUAAGAAGAAGAAGAAAAAAGACAAAAAGAAAAAGGACUCCAGUUCCUGUUCAGACAAAUCAUCUGACAGUGACAAGGAGAAUAAAGAGGAGAAGGACAAGCAGGAAAGCCCUGAAGGUGACCAAAGCGGCGAGUCCAAACCACAGUCUUCAGACUCAAGCAUCGGUUUACCUUCUUUCUCCAGUGGUGUCAGCUCUGCUCAGAGCGGCACUGGAUCCUCUUCCUUUGUGUCUCCCUCCUCCACCGUGAAGACGGAUCCUCCGAAACCUUCAGGCACCUAUAAGUUGUCAUCUGCAUCCAGCGGUGACAGCUCUGAUCACAGCGGCACCUCUACCUCUGCUGUGAAGACGGAUCCUUCGCCCACCUACAAAUCACCUUACACCAGCACCAACCUGAGCAUUGGAGGCAGAGCUCCAACGCUCAGGUCCAAAACCCCAAUGGAGGCCUUGAUGGGGAAUCCCAGGAGGUAUGGAGAUGGAACGACCAGGACUACCACCCUCUCCUCAAGUGACCUCCUGAAAGGCCCCAAGCCUUACCAACCAUGACAUGACCAGAUGAAAGCAGUGCUGCUCAAUCUAGAUCAAUGCUAACAAUGCUUUUUGGUAUGUUUCAAACAUAGUCAUUGAACAUACAUGCAAGUCAAAGGUAGCGUCAGCUCUAUUGGCUUCUCGAGGGUUAACAAUGCUAAUAAAAAAAAUAAAUUAAAAAAAACAUUUUGUUGGGGUGUUUUGAACAUGAAAAUGGGGGAAAAAAUAUUUUGGAGCAAAAUUUCAACUGCAUUAAAGAAUUUCAAAUGCUUUGGGCAAUAAAACUGUGAUGUCA